AAAGAUCAGAGCGACGAGCAUGAUGCAGUCGACGCACCUCGAGCGGAGCGCGUCGCUGCGGGCGUCGCCGACGCGCCAGGUGCAGACAGACCACGUCGUCCUCGAGGCCUUCUACAAGACCGUCGAGCUCGUGCUCAUGAGCCGCGUCCACUUUGCCGCCGGCGCCGCACCGCGCAACACCCGCCUGCACUUUGACAUGGUCGAGGUGCCCUGCGUGCGCGAGGCCAUGGCGCCCGUCAAGGCCAACGUCCACGACCCGCUCUUCCUCGACAUCUCGAUGGGCGACACGCUCCUCGAGCGCUGGCAGCUCACGUACUCGACAAGCAGCGCGCUUGGCGCGACCGUGGCCGGCGACUACAUCGCGCAGCUGCGCAAGGUCGUGCAGCAGCUCGCCAUCUUGCUCCGGUCGCUCUUCUGCCUCGUGCGCAUCUUGCCAGCCUUCCACGUGAGCCAACAGCUCAAGUUCCAACAGGAGGACCUCGGGCAUGCGCUCGUGGGCUUGAGCUACCACCUCGGACAGAGCGAAGCGCAGAUGCCGCUGCAGUUUGACACGGCGACGACCAAGCAGCAGUACAGCUUCCAGCCCGUUGACACGAUGUUUGGCGUCGUCAAGGUCCGGGUCACGUACCGCAAGCAGACCGCAGACGUGCUCGCGGCCAUCGAGCAAAUGGCGCCGCCGUCCCCGGUCGCGAACGAUGUGUCACCGACGCUCGAACACGCCAUCAUCCAGGACUACGUGCCUACGACGCCGCAAACCAAGCCUGCCCCAUCCCCGCUGCUCGGCCCCGCGCGCAUGGUCGUCCAGGAAGACGACGAUCACCGAGAUGCGAUACCGUACGCCACAUCGCAGCCGAUGCCCAUUCCCCACCUCGCAACGACCGCCGUCGACACGCCAUCAUACCCGCGCCGAGACAGCGCGCCACCCAAGCAAGCCCACUCGUUGGAUGCGCCGGAGCUGCUCCGCCGCCCGUCCAUGAAGCCGGCGUCCGUUCUGGAGACCAUGGCCAAGGCCAGCUUCCAGACGCCCCCGCUGCACCCCAACUCGGCGCCCGUCCCGAUCGGCACGCCCGUGCGCGCGAUGGCACCGCUCGACGGCUUCCAGCUCGACGGCAAGUUCCGCCCCUGCAGCGCCGACAGCGACAAGUCGUCGUCGUCGUCGUCGACGCAGCUGCCCUUCUCGGUGGCCACCGAGAAGCAGCGCAGAACGACGACCCCGCCCUUCUUUUCGAGCAGCCCGCCGUUCCGAGCGCUGGCGGGCGAGGCGCCAUCCGCGUCGCCCCAGAACGUUCCUGCGACGCGGCUCCAGUUCCACCCGACCCGCGACGCCAAGCACGAGCGGCGGCGGAGCGAGUCGUUUGAAGUUGCGAGCGGCGGCAGCAGCGUCUGGGGCAUCGCGCCCUCGGUGCUGGACCUCGGCUGCCUCUCGCCACUCGAGUCGCCGCUUAUGGACGAGGCCACUUUGCCCUUUGCCCUCUCGUCCUCGGCCAAGGUCGAAGUCGGCAGCUUUCUGCAGCAGCUCAAGCAAGCACCGCCUCUCCAUGUGGCGACCACUGGCCGACCGCUGGCGACGGUGGACCAGGAGCUCGCCUUCUUUCGCCAGCUGCGCGACGACAUGACUCACGACCUGCAGUCGUAGUCGCCGUCGCAUCUCUCUCGUCGUCGUCGUCGUUGUCUCUAAUCAUACUACUACGUGUAUAUUGGA